UCUCAGUUUGUCUACCUUCUUCCCUCACAGAUGGCUCAGCGACUUCUCCUGAGGAGGUUCCUGGCCUCCAUCUCCUGGAAGCCCCCUCAGGCUAGGUUGGCACCACUGUGCUCCAGGGCCCUGCCGACCCCACAGCACAGCCCUAGUGGCCUGGCAGUCAUACCCAGCCAAGUGCGGUCAAUAUUCACCACCAAGGUCUCCACAACAACUUUUAACAUCCAGGAUGGACCUGACUUUCAAGACCGAGUUGUCAAUAGUGAGACACCAGUGGUUGUGGAUUUCCAUGCACAGUGGUGUGGCCCCUGCAAGAUCCUGGGCCCGAGGUUAGAGAAGAUGGUGGCCAAGCAGCAAGGAAAGGUGGUAAUGGCCAAGGUGGACAUUGACGACCACACAGACCUCGCCAUAGAGUACGAGGUGUCGGCUGUGCCCACGGUUCUGGCCAUGAAGAAUGGGGACGUGGUAGACAAGUUUGUGGGCAUCAAGGAUGAGGACCAGCUGGAGGCCUUCCUCAAGAAGUUGAUUGACUGACGAGCAGGGAAGAGUCCUGAGUGCCCUUGCUUGGGAGGGGCCCUGAUAGAACUCAGCCCCCCCCCCACGCCUCCCCCCUCCUGGCUGACUCCUGUGGGCCCACGCUUUGGAGAGCAGGCCUCCUCGAGUGCUUCCACCUCGGCUAGCUGUCAGGGCGGCCGCCAGAGGCUCGGUGCUGCUGCUGUGGGGGCAGCCCUCUCCCCGCCCACUGCCUGCUCCCUCGGAGGCCGGGCACAGUCACAGAUGCCGGGAGAGCCCCCAGCCCGCUGAGGUACGGCUUGCUCAGUCCCCAGCUCCCAGGCUCCUUAGCAUCUGAACCCUGGGGUCGGGCCCACCUCCCUCCUGCAUUUUUCUUUCCUGCUGCUGUUUUGUAAAAAAGAAAAAGAAACCCAAACAAGCGAGAGUAAUAUAUAAUUCUCUCAUUUUUUGUAGGUCUGUAAUAAAGAACUUUAUGUGA